UUCAGGGCACGAAGAUCGCUAAUUUAAAUGAUUUCUAUCUUUGUUAUUGUUCAAAUAUCAAGGUUGUACAAUAUUUUAACUUGUGCUUAUAGAUUUGUGUAACGAUUAAUCUUUAUUGAUAAUUUAACGUGCAAAACAUUUUUAAAAUAUAUACAAUUGUGUAACUACCCGAGCUAGGACUCAUUGUUUGUAACAUAAGUGCAGAAAGGUAAAUUCAUGUGGAAACCCAUUUGAACGAUUUUGCGCUUCAGCUGAACUAAAUUGUAUACAUAACAUUGGCUCUUGAUGCGUAUGGACAGAACCGAAAAGCGGAAUAUGCGAAACAUUGCUGUUUGAUAUUUUGAUUAGGAAACAAAAAGGUACAUAUCACAAGAUGGCAGAUUCUGAAGGCGCUAAAGACGGCCUUGAAGAAAAAGCAAAGGAGCCUCAAGCAGAUUCGGCCGAUGUAUCUGAGAAUUUAAGAAUGAAGUUAACGACAAUGAAUAACGAACUUCAAGAUACUUUAAAAAUAGUCGACAGCUACAAAGAAGACAAACGUAUUGCGGUCAACACUAAAAAUGAACUGGAUGAAUCAAAGAAAAAGAUCUCGGUUCUUCAAACACGACUUUCGGAGUCAGAGUCUAACUGUAGACGUUAUCGAAAUGAAAGAAACAAUUUAAGACAAGAUAUCGCAAAACUCAUUCAGGAAAGAAAACAGAUGAUAUCCUACGAAGAAGACGUACAACAACUCAAACGAGAAAUUGAAAUGCAGAAAAAUAGGUACGAUCGCAAUGAUAGAGAGUGGAAAAACAAGCAGACAGAGAUGGAAAAUAGAUAUGACGAAAUCAUCAAUGAACAAAAACAGAAAAUUGUGUCUGCUGAACAGGAAGUACAACAACUUACGAAAGAGUUGGAACUGCAGAAAAAUGCACAUGAACAAGAUAAACGUAUAUUGGAAAGCAAACAAAAGGAAUCUGAAGAAACAAAUCAUGGUGAAGAUAAACAAGACAAUAAUGAAUUUGAGCAGAAUGAAGACGUCCUAGAAAGACGAGACGGGAAGAUCAAAAGAAAUAAGCUUAAGGGUAUUUCAGACACGAACAAAUAUGGUUACAUAGGAAAAAGUGACCUUAAUGAAAGUUUCGAAGAGGGUAAUAAACACUUUAGUGAUGACAACAAUGAUGGACCGAAAUUUGAGGAAACUAAUCAAGAUACAGAAGAAAAACAGAAAAAUAAAUCCGAGCAGAAUGAGGAAGUCAUAGAGAAGCGAGACGUCAAAAUUAUUACCCAUGAGAAUGUCAUUGAAAACAGAAAAUAUGAUGAUAUAGAUGGAAAAGAAAUAACAGAAAGGUUCGAAGACAGUACAACACAGCUACAUGAUGACAAUACUGGCAAACCCGAGUCUGAGUUUGUAUCUGAAGAACCUGAGACGAACUUUGAUGACUUAGAAACAAUAAAGAAAAGCAAAGAGAAAGACAAGAUAAACGAUGUUAGAACAGAUACCACAGAUCCUAGCGAUACAAUUUUACCGAAAGACUUGGGGGUAAAAUAUGAAGAGCUGUAUAAAACUCAGUGGUCCGGUGCUUUUGAAAAUAUUAGACAACAUUUUGACAGCGAGGAAGAAACGAUCGAGGCUCUUUUAGAGAUACUUGAGGAUAUAAUGAACUUCUGCAAAAGCAAAGCCCAAGAACAAAUCGAUGAUCUUUACAGAGUACUGACAUUUUCAGCUGAUCAAGAAGACGGAAAUGUCACAGACAAGAUAACCAAGCAUUUGAAGGAAUGUAUGAGAGAACUCUCCUGUUUAGCGAAAGAAUAUCUUUACGGGUUAUAUCCAUUAAGUUUACAAAAGAAAUCCAGUCGAGCACUUCAAUAUCUUAUGGACGUUGAGGAUUUUGUGAAGGAGAGUUUUGAGCUCCUCUGGCUAUUGGUAAUUCAGGAUCCACCGGUCGUAUUCCAUCCUAUAGCAGAGAAAGGUGAUGUUCUUGAUUUAGAUAUAUAUAAAUCUUACAAGACGACUGGGCGAUAUAUAACAUUUACAGUUUUUCCAGCGUUGCUCUUGCAUGAAGAUGGUCCUGUUUUGGCAAUGGGUGUUGCUGAAGGUGAUGACCAGCCCAAAACUAAACACAAACAUGAUUUGAGAAGCAGGAACACAAACACACCGAAAGAUGUUGAUCAGAAGAUUAAGGAUGAACAUGAUUAUCGCGACAGAGAUCAUUACUUUCGAAGAGAUGAACUGAAAUAUGACGAUAGAGAUGAUUUCGUCUCGAGGAAUAAAACACUUAUUAGAGACAGCUACGAUCACAGUUCAAAGAAUGAACACGGUUUUGAUGACAUAGAUGAUUUUGUUACCGGAAAAGAAAUGAGGAAUGGUGAGAGAGAUUUCAUCUCCAGGGAUCAGGAUAAAUUUCGUAAUAAAGUUAAAUUUGUCCCAGAAGAUGAAAUGAGCUUUCAUGAUAGAGGAAAUGUCGUCUCCAGGCAUGACAUGAGGUUUGGUGAUAAAGACAGCAGAGGGCAAGGCAACAUAGAUGAUUUCAUUCUACAUGAAGAAACAUCUGUAAGCGACAGGGAUGAUUUCGUCAGACGGGAUAUAAAAGACUUAAGCAAAAGAGUUGAGUUUACCUCAAAGGAUGGAGGAAACUACAGUGAUAAGGGUAAUUUCAUAUGACGUCACUUUAUGAGAAAGACUCUGCAGAAAUAUAUCGCAAUGAAUAUGCAAAUAGGGAGAGUUACCACCGAGCAAAGAUUGCAGAAGAGGAGAGUCAGGCGUACUCACAAUCAAUAAUAAAAACUAAAUCGAGAGGUACAACAAAUGUUUGGAAACCAUCAUAUGGAUAUGAGAGAGAUCCAACCCCAGAUGAAAUGAGACUAUAUUUCCAAUAUAUUGACCGCCAUGAUCAUACUGGUGCUAGGGAUGUCCUAGGUCAUGCUGCAUACAUGAGAUGUUUGCGAAACGACCAAAAGAAUCAUUUGUAUUAUUGACAUUACAGUAUUCUUUAUUUCCCAGACCCCAAACAUCAUUACAAUUAUUUUGCAUAAGAACAACAUCAUUUUAAAGCAAAAGAAAUGAUAGUAACACCAUCAUUGAUACCCUUAUUCAUUAAUUCUCUUUUCGCUAUGAACGUCAAAAAUAU